GCCUGACGCUUCCCACUCCUUUUCUUGUUUUCGUAUAAAAUCAUAAUUCGAAACAAGAAAAAUACAUAUCGAAUCGAAUCUCUGAUUACAUUAUUAUCAUACAAUAACAUAACGAACAUUUCUUUAUUUUUUUAUCUGAAGAUAAAAGAAGCGUGUGUUUCGCCUUCUCUUUUCACUUUUCAUUUUGUUCUGUUACCAUCUCUCUUUCUCUCUCUCUCUCUCUGAUCAUGGCUUCCUCUGUUUCCUCUGUGUCCGCUGCAUCCACUGCCAUUGGAGCUAAAUUUGUUCCAGAAGAAGAUAAUUUCUUGCAGAGACAUGUUGCCUUCUUCGACAGGAACAAAGAUGGCAUCGUUUAUCCCUCAGAGACAUUUCAAGGAUUUAGAGCAAUCGGAUGUGGAUAUCUCUUGUCGGGAGCCGCUUCUCUGUUCAUCAACAUGGGUUUAAGCAGCAAAACUCGUCCGGGAAAGGGUUUCUCGUUCUCUUUUCCGAUAGAGGUUAAGAAUAUCCAUCUUGCCAAACAUACCAGCGAUUCAGGCGUUUACGAUACAGAUGGAAGGUUUGUGGAAUCGAAAUUCGAGGAGAUAUUUGCGAAGCAUUCAAAGACACAUCCCGAUGCUUUGACCAACGAGGAACUCAAAGAACUCCUUAACGCAAACAAAGAAGCUAAUGAUCGUAAAGGAGCGUUUGCAGCAUUUACGGAGUGGAAAAUAUUGCAUUAUUUGUGCAAAGACAAGAACGGUUUGUUGCACAAAGAUACAGUGAGAGCUGUCUACGAUGGUUCUCUUUUCGAGAAACUCGAGAAACUCGAGAAACAAAGAGCUUCUAAGAAACAUCCAUAAAAACCCCAUCUAAAACAAACUCUUAUUAUAUGCUUGUGAAUCUAUCUUUUUCUUUAUAAAAAACCUAUACUACUUCAAUGUUAUAGUGAACAAUGGUGUGAAGAUUGCAAUGUGUUAAAUUA